AUGAGCAACAUUCCCCCAUCUGGCAACAUGGCAGAUCCGGAUCAUAUGUUGGAAUUCCAAAAACUCUCCAAUCACUAUGAGCCGGACCUACAGGGUCCUCUAGUAGGCCCAAAACAAUCGAGCAGUAUGAUAACUUCCGAAUACGCGAACGCGGAUUCUAUAUAUGUUGUAAAGACUACUGAGCUGGCACGUCUCAAAUCCUUCAACAAGCUCCUGAACUCCGCUGGAUGCCAGGAGCAUCUCUACGAAAUGUUCGUUGACGCCACCGAGGAGCUCUUGAACCAGAUAUCGCAGGAGAUUGGGAAAGGAAGCUUUGACGAUACCUUCCUCUUUAACGCGUUUAACGACGAAUACAAUUCCUCCUCUCUUAUUAUGCAUUUUAGGUUAAUGACGAGUGCUUGGAUGAAAUUGAAUUCCAGCCGUUAUACGGAUUUCCUUGGGGUGUCUGUUGGGGAAUAUUGUGAAAAGACAAUCGAAACAGUUAAAACCGAAAUCGAUGAAGUAGGCCUCCAGGGCCUGUUCGACGGAGUCAUUGAAGGGUCAGGGCUUGCUAUCGAGAUUCUCUACCUUGACAGGAGCGAGGGGACGGAAGUCACCCCUCAUUUGCUCUCACCGAAUAGUCCCAUCGCAACCAUCAGACUUCUUUAUCGGCCUGGUCACUACGAUCUCUUAUAUCAAACCGAUCAAACAAGACACGAUCAAGGACUCACAUCAGUAAACUUCCAAUACGCCAUGAGUUCUGACUAUCUGCCCUGGUAUUCGAGCGCGUUGCCGUUUGAUUUGAACCCAGUUUUGAUGUCCAUACCAAGUCUCCCCCUCAAUACAAGCAGUAUUUCGCCACAAGCGCCCUCUAGCCAACCAUACACGUUUUCGGGCAGACAUAUUGACCCAACAUUCCACUCCGGUGGUUUCCCAGUCUCCACCAGCUCCCUCGCAACCCUCUUCAAUCUCCAGUUUUCCUCUCUCCUACAAAUCUUGCACACUUCCACCAUCCUGAUUUCCAGCCUUCCCAAUGGGAUCCGAACGAGGAGUAUAAGUAACAAACUGGGCUUGCUAUAUCCCACUGAUGAGGAGGUAGCUUUACCGUGA